AUGAGCAAGCCAUCACUGAAUACCAGUUUGGUAUCCGUUUCCCAUAACGAUAAAUACGGAUCAAGCGUGCCUCCACUAUACCAAUCUACCACUUUUAAAGCCUCUUCUUUCGACCAGUUGCAAGAGUACGACUACACGAGGUCAGGAAACCCAACUAGAACCGUAUUGCAACAACAGAUCGCUAAUCUUUACGAUGUGGCACCAGAACAGGUGUUUGCCGUCUCGAGUGGGAUGACUGCACUAGAUAUCAUUUUGAGAACUUUGAUAGAUAAUUCAGAUCACAUCCCAACGAUAAUCGCUGGUGAUGAUUUAUACGGUGGUACUCAACGUUUAUUAACGUUCCUACAGACGAGAAACCAUGCUAAAGUGAUUCACACAGAUACUACGGAUGCCGAGUCGUUCAUCAAAUUGUACAAUUCUUUGGGGCAAGUUGAUAUCGUGCUUUUAGAAUCUCCAACCAACCCGUUGAUGAAAGUCGCCGAUUUACCAAGGCUGUGCCAAUUUGUGAAACAAAAAGGUGGUUCAAGUUCCAACUGUAAAAUCGUCGUUGAUAACACCAUGAUGUCAGGUUUGAAUUCCAACCCUUUGCAAUUCGGAGCAGAUGUAGUAUACGAAUCCGGUACGAAAUACCUCAAUGGACACCACGAUAUCAUGGCUGGUGUAAUAAUAGCCAAGAAGGACGUGGCUCCAUCCGUAUAUUUCGUCAUUAACAGUACCGGUGCCGGUCUAUCUCCGAUGGAUUCAUGGCUCUUGAUCCGUGGUCUCAAGACCUUAUCUGUUCGUCUUUACAAACAACAGAUAAACGCAAUGGUGCUCUCGCACUGGCUACAAGAUAUAUGCGGAUUCAAGCCUACAGAUAAUAACCAGCAACUAAAGACAAGGUUUGUUGGGUUGGAAUCUCACCCUCAGUUCGAAUUGCAUAAAAGUUUCAACAAUGGUCCCGGUGCAGUGCUAUCCAUUGAGACUGGCGACCUAGCACUAAGCGAAGCCAUUGUAACUUCUAAAAGACUAAAUAUAUGGGCCGUCACGGUAUCGUUUGGAUGUGUCAACUCGUUGAUCUCCAUGCCAUGCAAGAUGUCACAUGCCUCCAUCGAUCCAGAACUACGGAAACAAAGAGCGUUCCCUGAAGACUUGAUCAGACUCUGUUGUGGGAUAGAAGACGUCAAAGAUUUACAAUAUGACUUACUUGCCGCAUUCGAGGAAGCAGGCUUGAUCGAAUUGCAACAGAGAGGUAACGAUACAUAUUUAUUGAACAAGAAGAACGGACACAUUGCAAGAAACAAUAUCGGAGAAACAUACCAAGAAAACUACAACGUUUACGACCAAUUUUUCGGUCAACGUCUCGUAUCAAAGACAUCUCAUCUACACACUGCAAAGUUGUAG